AUGGACGGCCGAGAGAAGAUAAUCUCGCGGUCAAUAGUGUCUGCGAUUCAGGACGACCAACCCCAACCGAAAAGCACUCUUCGCCGGAUUCUUCGAUCGAUACGGAUAUUCUUCUACAUAUACAGCCUUGUCCUGGCGAAAUAUCGUCCUGAAUUGUUCCAGAAUCUCCGUGAUAACAUAUGGGACAUAGUCGACGCCGAAUACCAGUCGAGCUUUGAUACCGCUGAUGCUCUCAAAGCAAAGGGAGAUAUGGGCUACUCAGGAUCGACUUUCUUCAACACCAAGGACGACAAAUAUCUCAUCAAGUCCAUACCGCGAAUAUUUGAGCAUAGCUUCUUCCGAGACGACCUUCUGAGGCCUUAUGUUUCUCACAUGGAGUCCAACCCGGGUUCACUCCUCGUCCGCAUCACCGAUUUUCUGGGUUGGUACUUCAAAAGUCUUGGGGGCAUCCUUGGCCUUGCCCCGACCUACCACUUGGUCAUGGAAAAUCUCUCGCACGGCCAGUCGGAGUCCUCCGAUUGGGAGACGUUCGACCUGAAACCAAAUUCCUACUUCUUCCCCGAGCGCGACAUUGCAGGCGGUCGCUUGGCCUCUGAGGCUACCAAGUCGAAAUUGGCCGACAAGUUUGGUGACAAGAUCCUACUGAGCCGUGAAGCCGCCGACAGCUUCUUCUCGCAACUGGAAAAGGACACCGAAUUACUGGAGCGGUACAAUGCAGUCGACUACAGCCUGAUGUUGGUUCGAAUUCCCAAGAGCUCCCAGGCAAUUCCAAGCAAGAAUCCGUUCGAGGACUCUCAGACCUGGCGCACAGGAAUCUCGUCACAAGACAAUAAGUACAUUUUCCGUGCCACCGUCCUCGAUUUCUUCUGGGCCAAACAUAAAGUGCAUGCGAAGAUGAUGACACUGUUGAUCAAGGCAUGGAAUCUCAUUGACCGUCAGGGCCACAUGAGCAUCACGACUUCUCCAGGCGAGUACAGAAGCCGAUUCAUGAAUAUGUGUAGGGGUAUUGUGGAGGUCCGGGAGGACAUGAGUGGAGAAGCAGAAGCCGCAGCUUAA